AUGCAUCCUCCACCCUAUAUAUAUACCUUUCGAUACUCCCCAGCACCAACACAACUACCUUCAACUUCCUCUGCCUGCCUCUCUCAUUCAUUUUCUUCUUCUCUAUACAAGCUUUCACUAAUGGCGAACUCACUGAGUUAUGAUCAUAACAUUCUUAUUCUUUCCCUCAUUAUCCUCUUCUUCUUUCUGAUAAUGACCCCUUCAUCCUUAGCAGACCCAGUGAGUUACAAUGUGAUGAGUUACGGAGCCAAGCCCGACGGCACCACCGACUCGACAAAGGCCUUUUCAGCUGCAUGGGACAAAGCCUGCGGCUCGAGAAACCCUGCCACCAUGUACGUGCCUGCUGGGAUGUUCUUGCUCCGUAAUGUGGUGUUUCAAGGCAAAUGCAAUAACGACGCCGUUUCGGUCAUAAUCGACGGAACACUCGUGGCUCCGUCGGACUAUAAGGCCACUGCAGGUUCUGAAACGUGGGUAUUGUUUGACAGCGUUAACGGAGUUUCCAUCUCGGGUGGAACUCUCGAUGGUCAAGGCGCUGCCUUGUGGGCUUGCAAGAACUCCGGCCAUGGCUGCCCUAGAGGCACAUCGACAUUGCGUUUUAUAAAUUCGGAGAACAUUGAAAUCAACGGCCUGACGUCAAAGAACAGCCAGUUAUAUCACAUCGUGGUGGAAGAAUGCAGCAACGUCAAAAUGCACGGCGUUAAGGUGUCAGCCGCUGGGGACAGUCCAAACACUGACGGCAUUCACGUGGAAUCGUCAAACGGCGUCUCCAUCUUCAAUGCCAGAAUCGCAACCGGGGACGACUGUGUCUCUGUGGGUCCCGGCACCAAGAGUUUAUGGAUUCAGGAUGUCGCUUGUGGGCCCGGUCAUGGAAUUAGCAUUGGGAGUCUAGGCAAGGAAAUGAACGAAGCCGGUGUAGAGAAUGUGACUGUCAAAACGACGACGUUUAGUGGGACAGAAAAUGGAGUCAGGAUCAAAACAUGGGGAAAACCCAGCAAUGGAUUUGCCAGAAACAUUGUUUUUGAAGAUGCCGUGAUGAACAACGUAAAAAACCCAAUCAUUAUUGAUCAACAAUACUGUCCUGAUGAUCAUUGUUCCCAAAAGGUUUCGGGUGUGAAAAUAAGCGAGGUGACAUUUGAAGAUAUUCGAGGAACAUCUGCAACAGAAGUUGGUGUUAAACUUGAUUGCAGUCCGACGAAGCCAUGCACGGGAAUUAAAAUGGAGGAUAUAAACCUAAAAUACCAUAAUCAACCAGCCGAAGCUUCAUGUGUCAAUGCAGAAGGAACUACUUCUGAUAUUAUUCAACCAAUGGGACGAUUAUGCAUUCGAGGAUGA